ACAGUGGGUUGUCUAGUGACCUCUGAUUUACUAUGGAGGUCCUGUCCCAUCAAUCACCGGUGUUUUGGUGUAAUUCGAGCCGGGAGGGAGUGAGACCUUUCUUGUCCUCAACAUGUUUCUUGUAGCUCCGCCCCCCCGAAUAUAAGCAGCCAGUCAGAGUGGAGCUCCGCCCAGCCAGCGCCGCUGAUUGGUUACUUUCAGUGAGAUCAAUAUGGCGCCGGUCCACGUCCUUCGUUUCUCUUCCCGAGGAAGAGAUGCAGAAAUUUCACCGUCGUACGACCAGUAUCGAUCGAUUACAUCUUAUUCCUUUCAGCUGCAACAGAUUUCUAGCUUGUGUUUGCUGUAGUGUUUCCUAGCAGACAUAAGAACUGGGAGUGGGUAGCGUAGGUGGUGUGCAGUGGUUGCUUGUAGCGGCGGCUGAGGCGGCGGCGGGAGGCAGGUGUAGCGGCGGAAGCGGCGGCGGCCGCCAAGGUAACGAUCCCAGGCUGACCAACGGAGUGAGCCGCCGCCUCGCCGGUGUGCGUUGGCGGUACACCUGUACUUAUAGUUGAGCGCGAGGCCGCUAGGUGGCAGCGGUAUCGUGCGUGGUUGUCGAUUGUCGGGCAAGGCAGGCGCGGGUGUAGCGUGGCUCAGCCUUCCAGGGUAACCUACGCACCCGGCACCCUUGAAUCCAGGUCAACCAAGGGAGCCACCCACACAAUUAACGACGAAAAAAGCGAUUUUUUGACGGUUGAGGAGUGGCGAGGGCGGUUCAUAGGCGGACACAAGCUGGUGGAGAGGAGAGGAACUCCUGAGGUCGCCAGACACCUGAGCUUCACAGGGCUGCCAGCGCCAUUGAUUCCAGGACUUGAAGACUACCACACCAUGGUCUCCUUCACACCGAGUCCUGUUUCCCUGUGAACGUUCCACGCUCCCGCGGUCCCCACCUGCUGAAUGUUAAGUCUUGUGCUUGUGCUCUGGUGUGACGAGGUAAAUGUGCGGCCUAGGGUUUAGACUGAAGAACACCCCUUCCAAGAAAACAUCUCUGCGCUGGGGUGACUGUUGUGGGCGCAGCGCUGUAGUCAGGUGCAGCCCCAGCCCUCACCAGGCAAUAUGACUGUCCCUGCCUCACUUAGCUCCCCAGGAUCGCUGUCUCUCUGCGGUGCUGUCUUCUCAACACGCUGAACACCGCCUGUCUUCGUGUCAGGGAACUUCUCCUGGUGUGCUCUGCUGGGGACCCCACAACAAGUGCUCUCUCUCGCAGUAUUCCUUCAAACAAAGACAAGUCUUCCAGCCAAGCUGCUACCCUCGACGCAACACGUUACAGGUGUUACACGCAACACGUUACAGGUGUUACACGCAACACGGUAAAAGGUGUUACAUGCAACAAGAAAUAACUUUGAAACCAAAGACACAAGAUUUAUUUUUUUUGUUAUAUAUAUAAACAUAAACGAAUAUUUUCACUCAUCGAAAUUUUGUAACAGCUUUGAAAAUAUUUUUAUUUUGGAAAACAAAAUAUAGAGAGAAUUGUGUACUUUGUGUACAGUAGAAAGAACCUGUGAGCGGUGCAGCGCCAGGUGACUCCUGCUACGCAGACGACGCUCUCAACGGACCAUCCCACAAGGACGCCCACACCCACUUCCUUAAUAUAGAACCCCCUCCCAGAGACCAUAUAUUUCCCCCUAACAUCACUACUACAGUACCUCAAACCUCAGUAUAAUCGUAUAUACAUAUAUAUUAAACUCCACCAUCAUCACGUCAACAUUCUGUGUAAAAAAAUAAAGAACGUUAUAGUCCAGUAGGGAUCUGUACCUUUGCACUCGUAGUACCGUCAAAACCUUAACAAUGGCUAUCAACGUCGGAGGAGUCAUAGCCAUCAUCCUCUUUUACCUGCUCAUUCUGGCGGUGGGGAUCUGGGCAGCCAAGAAAAAGCCGGAAGGAGAAGACGAUGCCGAUGAUGUUAUGUUAGCGGGGAGGAGUAUAGGAGUCUUCGUGGGUAUCUUCACAAUGACGGCAACGUGGGUAGGAGGCGGCUACAUCAACGGGACGGCCGAGGCUGUGUACGAUACAGGGCUGGUGUGGUGCCAGGCACCCUUCGGAUACGCCCUCUCCCUCAUCUUCGGUGGUGUGCUGUUUGCCAACAAAAUGCGGUCGCAAGGUUACGUUACCAUGUUGGACCCACUGCAGGACAAGUUCGGGGAGCGCAUGGGAGGGUUACUCUUCCUGCCAGCGCUGUGUGGAGAGGUUUUCUGGUCGGCGGCUAUCCUAGGAGCUCUUGGUGCGACUCUUAGUGUGGUGCUCAACCUGGACAACACAGUAGCAGUCAUCCUCUCCGCCUGCAUCGCCGUCUUUUAUACUCUCUUCGGGGGACUCUACGCAGUUGCCUACACGGACGUUAUUCAGCUCAUUUGUAUUUUCAUCGGUCUGUGGCUGUGUAUACCCUUCGCGUGGACCCACCCAGCAGUGGGAGACGUGACGGACACGGACAGGGACUGGAUAGGCUCCGUGCCUACGGAACAGCUGGGGCUCUACAUGGACUACUGUCUUUUACUCGUCUUCGGCGGCAUCCCCUGGCAGGUGUACUUCCAGCGCGUGUUGUCCAGUAAGUCUGGACACAAGGCGCAGGUGCUCUCCUAUGUGGCCGCCUUUGGUUGUCUCAUCAUGGCCGUUCCUCCAGUUAUCAUCGGCGCCAUAGCCAAAGUCACCGGUAAGUUCCAGAUGGGUAAGGCCGCUUAAAAAGGAACUGAUGAGUAAAAAUAUUUG